AUGGCAUAUACGGAUGAUGCUGUCAAGGCCAAGCUUUCUGCGCUGAAUGAGACCCAGGAGGGCAUUGUGACUGUCGCGCAAUGGGUCAUGUUUCAUAGACGACAUGCCGAACGAACAGCCCAGCUCUGGCUUCAGAAGCUUCGCGAUUCACCCGCACCCAAACGCCUGAACCUGAUAUAUCUCGCAAAUGAGGUCGCGCAACAGUCUAAAGCCAGACGGAAGGAUGAUUUCAUCAUUGCAUUCUCGCCAGUCAUUGCGGAGGCCAUGGCAAUCGCUUACAAAGGUGCUUCGAACGAUAUCCAACAGAAGCUUCGACGCGUUGUCGAAGUGUGGAGGCAGAGAUCCAUCUUUGAACUGCCUAUUCAGGAAGCUGUAGAGGCUCGCGUAGAUGAUAUCGACAAGUCGCGGUCGACCACUAAAAAGCCGCUCUUAGGCGGUUCCCUGUUUUCGAGUUCCUCUGGCACAGUCCCGUCUGAAAUUCAACCCCUGGUUCCUCUACAACUGGCUUUGUCGAAAGCGACAAUGACAUCCGGCGCAUCUGCUACUGUAGCUAGUGCGGAAUACGACAAGAUGAACGAUCCCACUGCGACCAUCCCCACACCCCCGGUCCACGCCGCACGUCUAAGCCAGCUAUUGAAAACCCUUGCCAACGCUGAAAGCUCUGUCUCCGAAGUGAUCAAAUCGCGUCUGGCACUUAUUCAAGGUCUUGAGAAGCUCCUUGAAAACAAUCGCUCUGCACUAGCAAAAGAACAAUCUUCCCUUGCACAAUUGUCUGAAAGGAAGACCGAGACAGAAGGAAAGAAACGAGAUGUUGAAGAUAGCAUUAUGAGAGGGCUGUCUGUUGAGAGCCCGGGCUUGGCUUACCUUGGCGACACUGGAGCAGAAGGGCAACCCAUGGCACGUCCCGAAAUUGAAGCUUUAACACCCCCUCCUGUGGAGGCGAUUACUCCUGUCGGCUCGCCAAAGCAAGAUCCUCAAGACGGAAACGUACCGACGAUCGAGGACGCACAAGUCGAUGGCAAAUUCAACCUUUCAGGCUUUGGACAGUCCGGCGAUAUUGCCCUACCAGGUACCGAACUCCCUGGCCUAUCCACUAUUUCUAGCCAGCUUCAGCAAGGUAGUCCCAAUGGCAUCAACUCUAAGAAACGAAAAGCGACUCACGGCGAGGAAGACUAUGCACAAUUUGCAAGCGGUGACCUGGACGCGGAUAUCGCAGAACUGUUGAAUCAGGAGGGCAAUGCACAAAACUAG